AUGGCAGAAAUUCAGGGCAACUUCAAAGUUUUAACAGCUGAGAGAGACAAAUUUCUCAAUCUUUAUGAACAGGCAAAGGAGGAGAUUUCCUGGCUUUGUCAAGAAGUUAUAAAAUGUCCCAGGACUCCUAAAGCCACAGUUCAAGCUGUAUUAACACACAUGGAGAUAGAAAGGGAUACAUCACUGUCAGAUUUCCAAAGGAUGCCUGCAGAACGUGUUGGCCUCAGGGAGCAGUUACAGAUUUCCCGAGAAACUUUGUAUGAAAAGGUUCAUUUGGAACAGAGAGUUGAAGAGCUUGAAACUACUGUUCACAAUUUAGAUAGUGAACAGUUAGAACAGAUGUCCAAAGUGGCACUAAUGAAAGACACCAUUGAUCCUCUGGAAACUGAGAUGAAAAGAUUCACAAGAAAACUAAUGGAUUCUGAAAAUGAGCUGAGUUGACAGGAAGCUGAAUAUUCUUCUCUUAGUAUACUUAAACCUUUUGGAAAAAAACUCACUUCAUUGGUACUAUAUAAAAAACUAGCAAAGUACCAAACUGAGCUUGAUGAUUUGAAGUCGAAAACCCAGGAUUCAAACAGAGGUCUUUUUGGGCUGAAGCACAUGCUGAAGUCUAAAGUGAAAGAGAGUCUCACAAAUAUCACAUCUAUACCAGAACUUUGUGUUAAACUAGAUCCAACAAAAGAAUGAUUAAAUUAGCAUUUAAUUUCCACAGCAGAGAAGGUAGAAAGCAGCAAGUGUGAGUCAAACCAUUCUGAAACAGAGCUGCUAAGAAAAUAACUGGGAAAUGAAAAAGCAUCUAUGAAAAACCUGGAAUCUUUGCUUAUGUCCAAUUGUGAGAAUAAAUUUCGGUCACAGAGAGCAAAGCAAGAGAAAGACUCUGAAAUUCAGUUUCUCAGGGAACAACUUGCUUUAGUAGAAAGUAAUCUGUCAGUAAAUGACCAAGAGUAAUCAAGAUUUUACCUCAGAAACAGAGCAGCUUAGUUAGAGUCAGAACUGGAUAUCACCAAAACACAGCUGGGGAUUGAGCGCUUUGAUAGGCAAAUCCAGCUCCCUGAGCCAGUGCUGAAUGUCAUCAAUCCCCAGCAGGCUUUAGUGGCCUGCUUCAGUGGUUCACUCCACAGAGAACUGAGGGAGCUUCAACAUCAGAGUUGUACAAAUUCACAUCAGUUAAGGUCUACAUUAAAAAUAUCAUGA